GAGCCACUGAAAGUGGGGAAAUGGUCUGUACAAUAUGUCAGGAAGAGUAUUCAGAAGCACCGAAUGAAAUGGUUAUAUGUGAUAAAUGUGGGCAAGGUUAUCAUCAGCUGUGUCACACACCAAAUAUUGAUUCAAGCGUGAUUGAUUCAGAUGAUAAAUGGCUCUGUCGACAGUGUGUUUUUGCAACAACAACAAAGAGGGGUGGUGCGCUUAAGAAAGGACCAAAUGCCAAAGCACUGCAAGUCAUGAAACAAACAUUACCAUAUAAUGCAACAGACCUUGAGUGGGAUGCAGGUCAUAAAACCAAUGUCCAGCAGUGUUACUGCUAUUGUGGAGGACCUGGAGACUGGUAUCUAAAGAUGUUGCAGUGCUGCAAAUGUAAGCAGUGGUUUCAUGAGGCUUGCGUGCAGUGCCUCCAAAAGCCAAUGCUUUUUGGUGACAGGUUUUAUACGUUCAUUUGCUCAGUUUGCAGUUCUGGACCAGAAUACCUCAAACGUUUACCCUUGAGAUGGGUAGAUAUAGCACAUCUAUGCCUUUACAACCUAAGUGUUAUUCAUAAGAAGAAAUACUUUGAUUCGGAGCUUGAACUCAUGGCCUACAUUAAUGAAAACUGGGAUAGAUUGCAUCCUGGUGAGCUGGCAGAUACACCAAAAUCUGAAAGAUAUGAGCAUGUACUGGAGGCAUUAAAUGAUUACAAGACCAUGUUUAUGUCUGGAAAAGAAAUAAAGAAAAAGAAGCAUUUGUUUGGCUUGAGAAUUCGUGUUCCUCCUGUGCCACCAAAUGCUGCUUUAAAGGCUGAGAAAGAACCAGAAGGAACUUCGCAUGAGUUCAAAAUUAAAGGCAGAAAGUCAUCUAAACCAAUCCCUGAUGUGAGAACAAAAUAUAAAUUUUCUUCUAUGGAAUUAAGUAAUGGUAUAGAAAGAAAGGGGAAAAAAAAAUCAGUAGGUCGUCCACCUGGUCCCUAUACAAGAAAAAUGAUUCACAAAACUCCAGAGUCGUCUCCUCUGGAUAAUGAACCAGUUCCAGUGAUAGAGAACCCAGCCUUGGAAUUACCCUGCACUGUUGGGAAAUCUGAUGGAACUGCACAUUCAUCCAAUACCUCAGAUGUGGAAUCCACAGGUGCUGCCAGUAUGAAAGAAACUACCUCAUCUAGCAUUUCCAGACAUUAUAGUUUAUCUGACUCGAGAAAAAGGACUCGUACAGGAAGAACUUGGCCUGCUGCAAUACCACAUUUGAGAAGAAGAGGUCGCUUUCCACGAAAAGCACUCCAGACUCAAAAUUCAGAAAUUGUAAAAGAUGAUGAGAGCAAGGAAGAUUACCAGUAUGAUGAACUCAAUACAGAGAUACUUAACAACUUAGCAGAUCAGGAGUUACAGCUCAAUCAUCUAAAGAACUCGAUUACUAGUUAUUUUGGUGCAGCAGGUAGAAUAGCUUGUGGGGAAAAAUACCGUGUUUUGGCUCGUCGGGUGACACUUGAUGGAAAGGUGCAGUAUCUUGUGGAGUGGGAAGGAGCGACUGCAUCCUGACUGUAGGACUGAACAUUAUGUUCACUGCACUGUCAUCUGUAAGUACAGUUCAUAAUGCAGAGCCACGAGAGAAACGUGUCUUUAAAUGUGUUUCUAAAAACAAAACAAAACCAGUUUAGCCUUAACAUGUAAUUGUUAUCAUUACAGCUCUUGUGAUAAAGACUUAUCUUUUUAAAAUCUGAUCUGAAACUUAAAUUUUUUAAUCUGAACAUUGUUAGAUUGUUUUAGGUUGGGAUAUUUUGGGUUACAAUUGCUUAUAAAUGUGCAUGGUGUUU